CUCCUUCUCGACAGUCCUAUAUCUCAUCAGAAACCUUUUCUUUUCAUUGCAGUACAGAAAAGCCAUACUCGAAGAAACCUGUAAAUUAUCUAACCUACAUUCCAAGUAAAAUUCCUUUCCACGUUUAGAUCGCAAGAUUUUCAAGUAAAUUACGUGAAACUGACAUUUCAAUGUUUAUAUAAAUUUUUGAUGUGACAGCUCGUGGUUAGCUGAGGUCGACAUUUGUUCGAUAGUAUCGAGCUUCUCUGGCAGCUCGAAAGUAAAAUGGCACUCGAUCGUAGAUUAGAAUGUUAUUAGUCAUUCGUUGUGUCGUGUUUGUAAGUAAAUAUCAGCUGAAUGUAUAAAGCGAAACGAAGAGAGAUUCCAUGACGGCGUCUAUCUGACGGAUAUUUUAUAAAUAAGUCCAGCUGAUAAAAAUCUUACGAAAAAUGGGCCUUUUCCCGAAUUCAUCGCCUUUCGAUGCUGACGUCGAGAAAGCAACGAAUGAAAAUAAUACAUCAGAAGAUUGGGAGAAGAUAUUGGAAAUCUGUGAUCGAAUUGGUAAUUCUUCUCAGAAUGCCAAAGACUGCUUACGUUCUAUUGUUAAAAGAUUAAAUUCUCAAGAUCCGCAUAUUGUUAUACAAGCCAUAACAUUAUUGGAUGCAUGCUCAAGCAAUUGUGGAAAAACUUUCCAUUUGGAAAUAGCAUCUAGGGACUUUGAAAAUGAUUUGAAAAAAAUGAUUAAUCAUUCUCAACCUAAGAUUGUGGAAAAAAUAAAAAUACUUUUGAAAAAAUGGGCCGAAGGUGAUUUUAAAACAGAUCCUCAACUUAAUUUGAUUCCAAGUUUAUACAAUAAACUUCGAAAUGAAGGACUUGAUUUUUCGAGUGUAUCAGAGACACCAAAACGUUCCAGCAUUUUAAGUAAAGAUCCAAAUGUAGUAACAAAUUCUCAAGAGGAAGAAGAUCUAGCAAAAGCUAUCGAGCUCUCACUGAAAGAAAGUAAACCUCAAGCGAGUUCCUCUCAUGGUUCACCAGCAUCAAAAAAAAGUACUAGUUUAUAUCCAAGUGUAAAUUCUAUGCUUACUACCUCGAAUACAUCAGAAGGCCGCAAGGUUCGAGCUCUUUAUGAUUUUGAGGCAGCUGAAGAUAAUGAAUUAACAUUCUUAACUGGUGAAAUAAUAAAUAUUUUGGAUGAUUCUGAUCAGAAUUGGUGGAAAGGUAGUAAUCACAGAGGAGAAGGUCUUUUUCCUUCUAAUUUUGUUACUGCAGAUUUAUCGGUAGAACCUGAACAGUUUACAAAGUUAGAACAUAGUAAUAAAAAAUUAGUUCAGUUUGCUGAAGAAGUAGAGGUAAAAACACUAAAGAGAGAACUGGAAGUGAUAGAAGUGGAAAUAGAUGAAAAAAAGAUGGAUAGACUUUUACAUUUGUUACAUGAAGCUGAUCCACAGUGUGAUAGUUCAUCUGACCCUCAAGAAAUGCUUGAUUUAGAAGAACAAGUAACUGCAAUGGGUCCAUUGAUUGAUGCAGCUCUAGAAAAAGUCGAUAAACGACACGCUCAACUUACUCAAUUGAGUUCUGAUUUGGUUGAAGCUUUGAAUAUGUAUCAUACAUUAAUGCGGGAGCCUCCUCCUCCAGCACAAUCUAAUUACACAAUGCCUAAAAUGCCACAUAUCUCUUAUCCAUUUCCUAAUCAGGGACCACCACCACCAUCUCCUCAUAUGUUUAAUGGAAUGCCAACACCACAUCAGGUACCUUUCUCAAAUACAGGUGGACCUCCAGCUCCACAUGAAUAUAUGGGUCCUUCUAGUAUACCAAAUAUGGCAUUACCACCUCAUUUUCGUAUACAAGCUGGUCCUCAGCCUCCAACAGGACAUCCACAAGGUCCACCAGUGCCUGAACAAACACAUCCCUAUCAACAACAGGGAGCUUGAAAAAGCAGAUUUCCGCCUCAAACUGGUCCUGUGCCAGCUCAAUAUGGUCCACCGGGAUCGACAGGACCUUCGAUUAACCAUCAACCACAAUAUGCUCCAUCGAGUGGGCAACGUAUGAUAUAAGUAAAAAUUACGCGUUAAAAAUUCACAUUCUAUUCUAACUCAUGCUGUACAAUAUUACGAUAUUAUAAUUAUUUAAAUAAAAAUACCCGAAAUAGCCAAAGAAAAUUGGUUUUUAAUGAACGCUUUACGUUUGACUUUAUAUUGAAUUUGGUAUUAUGUAAGCUUGUAUUUGUAGAUAUACGCGACAGUGCAUAUAUAAAAACGCGUAAAAACAAAUAAUUUAUUUAGUCUCUUUGAGCAUUUUCAUAUUAGUUUGUAAUUUUGGCUUUUUGAUAUACUUAUGUAUUGUGUUUGAAUAACCUAAUUCUUUAAAGCAUUCCACAUUUUAAAUUUCAUUAUGUUCUAUCAUUUAAAUAAACUUUAAUGUUAUGAUUCGACACUGUGAUAUUUGAAAGAACAUUUAUUAGUUACUAAAGUGUUUUCGAAAUAAAUGCUUGGAAUUUUUAUCAUAAAAGAGAAUGAUGUGAAAUUAAUAAGUCUUAAAAACUGUGUUUCAGAAAAUCUUUAGUACAGAUGUUGAAUUAAUCGUAAUGUUAUCGUAAUGUCUUGUAUACAUGUUUUUACAACAGAAGUAACAUUAUAUAAAAAAAUGACAGUAUAUCGAUGAAAUGCUGUUACUAAAUGUAUCUUGGGUUUUUAUUCUCUUUCAUGUAUUCUUUGUACAUUGUAAUAAUACUUUAAGAGAUAACAUAUUGCAUCUUAAAAGCAUUGAAAAUAAAUUAUAAAUGCAAUGUUA